AUGGAUCAACACAAAAAUAUUUUAGAAAUUUGUGGGAAGAAUGAUAUAUGUAAGGAAGAGAAGAAAGAACACGCUAAUGUAUUAUUAGGAUGCGCAAAAAAAGAAAAAGAGGAAAAGAAUUUGGUGGAUGAUAAAAUAUAUAAUGAAAAAAGCAAUCUUACUAAUAUAAUAAACAAUAAAAAUGAUAUAAUGAAAACAAGAGAUGUAAAAAAUGACAAAACAUUAAAGGAUGAUACAAUCGAAAGAAUUAAUCAAAAGGUCGUGAAAACCAAAAAGAAUCAUUUAAUAAAUGAAGAAGAAAAAAAUAUACCUGAAGAUAUAAAUCAGAAUGAUAAUAAAAGUAAACCUAACGAUAAUAAAAGUAAACCUAACGAUAAUCAAAGUAAACCUAACGAUAAUCAAAGUAAACCUAACGAUAAUAAAAGUAAACCUAACGAUAAUAAAAAUAAACCUAACGAUAAUAAAAAUAAACCUAACGAUAAUAAAAAUAAACCUAACGAUAAUAAAAAUAAACCUAACGAUAAUAAAUGCAUUAUGAAUGAUGAGAAAACAAAUGGAGAUAUUAAAAAAAAUAAAAUUGACAAUGUUUUUAUAAACCGUUGCAGUAAUAAUUCCUAUGUAAAGGUUAUAAAUAGAACAAAUAGGAUUUAUGAUUAUGUGGAGAAAAUGAUACGACAAAAAAAACAUUUUAUGAUUAAAUAUAAAAAUUAUUAUAUUCAUUAUGCAGAAAAGGUUAUGAAUAUAAAAGAAAUAAAAAGAAAAUAUGAAGAGAACUAUCAUUUUGCCAAGUCAUAUUUGUGUCAUGAUGAUUUAUUAAACAUUAAAAAGGAUACAAUAAUGUUUGUGAAGAAAAAUAUGGAAUUAAAUUAUAGAAAUACAAAUUUGUGUGAACAUAAAAAUAAAAAUGAUAAUAAAAUAUUCAAUGGGACCAAUGGCUUACCUUUUAUUUUAAGUGAGGACAAAAAAAACAUGGAAAUAAAAGAUGAUGAAUAUAAUAAAAUGAUUGAACAAAACAAUAGUCAGUGUUUUAAGGAUGAUAAAGAAAAUGUAAAUCUUGUGGAUAUAAUGGAUAUACAUAAAGAUACAUAUAAUGAUAAUGUUAUAAAUAUAAAUAAGGAAGAUGAUAAUAAGUAUUUAGAUAUGGAUGAUAUACAUAUGAAAGAGAUGAAUUCUAAGGUAGGUCUUAGUUAUAUAUAUUAUUAUAUGAAUAAUAAUGAUAUGUUUAGUAAAAAUGUCUAUAAAAUAUAUAUAAUGAAAAGUGAAGAAAAUUACACACGUCAUAUGAAUAAGGAUAUGGAUGAACAGAGAUGUAUAUAUAAUACUUGUAGUAAUAAAAAUAAUGUCUACUCUAUAAAUCAUUACAGCGGUGGUAUAAAUAUAUGCUUAGGUAAUAAUGUAAAGGGGGAGGAUCAUACCUUUAUUAAUAUGCCGUAUGAUAAAAAAAUGAAUGAAAUAAGGAACAGUACGAAUAAUAAUUAUAAUAAUAAUAUAAAUAGAGAUAAAAAAAAUACACAUUGUUCUCUUAGAAAUGUACGAAUAAUAAAUAUAAAACAUAAAAAUACAUCUUAUGUUACAUGUAAGAACUACCUGAAGAAGGGUAAAAAUUAUUAUGAAAGAAGAAUGUUGAAAAAUAUGAAUUUAAAAUAUAACAUCCUAAAAAUAAAUAAGUAUAUCCUUUCUUGUAACAAUAUUUAUAAAUAUGCAAAAAUGAAAUAUAUACUUCAAAAUGUUUUUAAUAAAAUAUUAACAAAUAAAAAUAUAAAGGAUUAUAACAAAAUAAAUAUAAUUAUAGGAAAAGAAAAAGACAACAACAACAACAACAACAACAACAAUAAUAAUAAUAACAAUAACAACAACAAUAACAACAACAAUAAUAAUAAUAAUAAUAUUCUCAACAUGAAGAAGAAAAAAACAUACAUAUUUUUUAUUAAUAAAACAUAUAAACUUUUUAUACAUAAUUAUAAAAAUAUAUAUUUUAAAUUUGAAAAUUUAAUGAGAAAAAAUUUUGUUGCUAAAUAUGAUUAUAUAUUUAAGAAAUUAUCUUAUUAUAUUACAUUAAAAAAAGAAAUAGAUUUAUGUAAAUUGUAUAUGUAUGAUAUGAAUGCUCUAGAGAUACUAGAUAAGAAUCUAGAUAUACAUAUAAAGGAAAAUAAACUAAUACAAAAUCUACAUUGUACUAUUAAUCUAACAGAAAUAGAAAAUAUAAAAAGACAACUUUUUCAUUUAGAAUAUUCAAAAAUUCAUAGUAGAUUAGAUAAAUCAUUACAUGAAUUGGAAACAAAUAAAUAUAUAUUUUUAAAUCAAAAAAAAAUAACAAACAAACAAAAUGAUCAUAUUUCAAGAUUAGAAGUAUUGAUAAAUCAAUCCAUAAAAAUUAAGGAACAAAUGGAUGUUGAGAAAAAUAUGUACACACACAAAUAUACUCAUUAUGAAAUAUACAAUUCAAAGUUUGCAUAUGGAAAAAUUGCAUACAUGAGGAAUCAUCUGGAAAUAAUGAAAUGCAGAAUAAGCAUCGAACAAAUCGAAAAUGAACUAGAGAAAAAAAAAAUUGAGCGAGAAAUUAUGUUUAUUGAGGAACAGAAGGAAAAGAUAAGAGAGCAAAAAAUAUUUAUUGACGAAGAGAAGAAAAAAAUAAAAGACGAAAAAAUAUAUAUUCAGGAGGAGAACAAAAAAAUGAAUACAGAAAAACUAAUAAUUGAUUUGGAACAAAUAAAUCAUGAGCAAACAAAAAAAAAUAUUACUAAUGAAAAAAUAACUCUUGAGAAAGAAAUCAAAAAUUUUAGUAAUGACAAAA